AUGGACGUCUUCAGUUUUAUCAACGGUUCCUCCGAGGUCCCGGCCGGUGGUGCCCCUGACCCCCCUAACGACUCACUGUCCCGUCCAUUACUGCACCUGGGGGACAGCACCAAGCACCUGGGGGUUCAAGUCAUCCUGAUUCUGGCCUACAGCACCAUCAUCCUCCUGGGUGUGGUGGGAAACUCCCUGGUUAUCUACAUCGUGUACAAGUUUAAAACUCUCCGCACCGUCACAAACUUCUUCAUCGCCAACCUGGCAGUAGCGGACCUGCUGGUCAACACGUUGUGUCUCCCCUUCACUCUGGCCUACACGUUACUCGGCCGGUGGAAGUUCGGUCGCGUGCUUUGCUUCGCUUUGCCGUACGCGCAGGGUCUCGCCGUCCAUGUCUCGACUGUGACCCUAAAUGUAAUCGCACUCGAUCGCCACAGGUGCAUUAUUCAUCACCUGGAGACACGCCUAUCAAAAGACACCUGCUUUCUGGUCAUCGCUCUCACCUGGGCUAUAAGCGCUGUCCUGGCAAGUCCACUCGCCAUCUUCAGGGAGUAUGGGAUUGUUGAUCUCUCUCCAGGUGAGUCCAUCGAGGUGUGUGGAGAGAAGUGGCCGGGUAGCAGCACAGACGGCACUCUGUACUCCGUGUCCAUGCUGCUGAUUCAGUACGUGUUUCCACUUGCUGUCAUUUCUUUCGCGUACAUUCGGAUCUGGAGUAAACUCCGUAACCACGUGACCCCGGCCGGACACAGCGACUCCCAUCACCGGCGCCGUAAGACCACUAAGAUGCUGGUCACCAUGGUCGUGGUCUUCGCGGUGAGCUGGCUGCCCUUCCACGCCUUCCAGCUAGCGAUCGACAUUGACAGCAGUGUCCUGGUGAUGCGAGACUUCAAGCUUUUGUACACAGUUUUCCACAUCGUGGCCAUGUGCUCCACCUUCGCCAACCCGCUCCUCUACGGCUGGAUGAACAGGAACUACCGGAGUGCCUUCCUGGCAGUGUUUAGAUGUGAGGACCAACUCGGUUCAGGACACCCUGAGCGUCACGUCGCCGUGAUGGUUCACACCAAAAAGGCUCUUAAGGUCCAUAACGUUCUCACAAAACACCUGAAUGGCACAAAAGUUUGA